AUGUGGUCAUUUCUUAAAUCACCAAACAAAGAGGAUGGCCGUGUCACCACUGAUCCCGCCCUCGUCGAGCGUUUACUGACGGUGGUGGAUUAUACGGGAGGUCUCUACUUCCUUUGCUCUCAAUAUCUUCGAAUUCGCUUUUUCAUCACAUCGGCAGAUUGGCUGGAGGUUAGGAGCUCUCAUCAUCGAAGAGCAAUUGAACCUUCAAUGCGUUGGCUACUGCUGUUGAGCGCUGUAGUCGUAGUGAAUUCUCAAAGGAAUUUAGUCGAUGCAUCCCUGAAAUUCUGUGAGGCUUUUGUGCAAUGUUCAGCAGUUGCACUAUUAGAAGAGCGACUUUGCCUAGGAAACUCGCUACUUCGGCCGUAUUGGCUGCCAGACAGUCAUGACAAAAAUAAUUGUCACGAGAAAUUGCGAAAUGACUACAUGAUGCUGGAGAAAAUGGAAGAACAGCUGGAUAAUUUAUUGCUUGAUUGUCUGGUUAAACAUACCGUUCCAUUCACCAAUGAACAGAUGGACCAAUGCAAUACUAAUGCAUUGAAAUCGACGCCAAGGUUUUCCUAUGGACGAAAUAUCAACUAUGUACCUACCCAAUGCUUCACUGGUGUUGAAAAACGACGAGAAAGAGAGUGUGGCCGAGUGCGAAGCUGCUGUCCUGCGUUGUCAAAGUGA